AUGAAAGAGCGUAGAGUCAAGUGCUUGCACAAACGAUGCAGGAGCAAUAAGAGUGACUUCUCGGCACAGGGCUACAAGGAACAUCGAACCAAUGCAAAGUUCCACGUUUGUAAUGCAAAGUACUGUUCAGAGUGCAAGGCUAUCAAAGCGGAGGAGGCCGGCCAAAAGCCUGCCGCUGCCUCUGCUGCCAAGCCUGCUCCUGCCAAGACUGGUCCGGGCGCAGCGGCUGAAGCCAUUGUACCACCCGAGAAGGAAUGUCAACAGUUGUUUCAACAGGACAUGGAUUUUAUCUCUCAAUUGCUACCAGUCAACGGAUCAAUGUGGGAGUGUAUCGAAUAUCUAUUGAAGUAUCCAUACGGUCAACAGUACAACAUUAGAAAGUACUCAUCAGAGAUGAAGGUGGAGCAUGGUAUUAGAUCAUACGAUAACUUUGCUCAAGUAUCCAUUCAAUCAAUCAUCACAAAGUCUAUCAAGCUAGCAAAGCCAGACAAGACAAACACACUAUACUUUAAAAUAUUCUUUGACCUGUUCAAGUACAAUCAAGACCCAAAGAGAAGUCCAGAGUCAACACUUGUCAAUGGAUACUGUCAACUUGUAUACACAGAGAAGGACAUCAAGUAUCCUGGUAGACUACACUCACUCAAUGACUAUGAUAUGUUCUUGUGUGUUGCUUGCAAGGACUUUAAGGAGGUGUCAAAGGAGCUUACAUCAUUUGGAAAGGAACUCAAUGAGUUGCUCGCUGGCAAGAAGAUCAUCUCACUACUCGUCGACAACGAAACUUACAAAUUGAAGCCAGUAUUUGUCAAUGAUACUGCCACCCUAGCAUUCCUUCAAGGACUGUCCAAGCUACAGAGAUGCUGUUGGUGUAAAUGCACUCCAGAUCAAUUGUGCAAUCAUGGUAUGGACUUUAUACCUCGUGAUAUGAGCCAAGUCAAUGAUGCGAAUCUGAUAUCACCUUUGGCCAGCAUACCUAUACAACAACACAUACCAGAUGUAUGCGAGUUGUUUGUUACACUGGUGGAGCAAUUCACUCGACUGACAUUGAGCGAGAUAUUGGGCAAGCAGAGCUACACCAGCACCUCUCCUCAUCUCCAGAAGCGCAUCAAUGAGACACUUCGACACAUGGUCACCGACAAAGAUAACGAUAGAAUAAUUAAUGGACUAAGAUAUAAUCAGAACAUAACAAUGACAUUGGAGGCUGGCAAGGCAUUGUUAAAGAAUAGAACAGCACUUCUCAAUCUUCAUCGAGAGAUAACAAAGGAGGAACAGAGGAAUAGUGAUCUGCGACAGAUUUGGCAACAGUUGUCCACUCUCCUCAAUCUAUGCAUGAGCAAACAGCCGGCUGCUGCUGCUGGAACACCAGCCAUCACCAACGCCGAGUGGAACAAACUCUCGUUUGUCUUUGCCGACAACUUCAAACGAUUGUUUGGACCAAAGAGCUUCACCAGCGAGCUCCAUGUCUUUGUAUGCCACCUUGGCUACUACAUCGAGACCUACACCAACCUUUUCCUUUUUACCAACUUCUCAAUCAAGAGAAUGUAUUCAUCAACGCUCAAACAACAUUGCAACCCUAGGAAGGAGAUACUCAUACCUGCUAUGAGCAGGUUUGUCAACACGAUAUCCAAUGUUGGACUACAGAUCAUGAGCAAGUUCUAUAUCUUGCUUCAAACAACUGAUGCCACAGUCGAUUUGAACACACCAGCAGUAUGGAAGAGUGUAGCAAACAACUACUUCAGACCAGACUUCUUUGAUCCCAAGGAACGUGAUCCAAAUAGCAUCAACACUCUGUUCAAGAUCACUACAUAUGGUUCAUCCCGCGAUAAACCACAGACAACAUCAUCGACAUCAACAACAAAGAGCACUGCUGGACGUAUCAUUGAACUUGAUGAGGAUUCAUCUGAACCAACACCUAGCACGACGACUACUACCUCCACCUCGACCACAUCCACUACAUCGACAGCAUCCACCAUAUCAUCACGUUCAUCAUUGUCCUCCAAAAGGCUGAAAAAGAUGGUCAAGAAUGCCAACAAACCAUCAAAGCUCCAGAUCAUAUCGGCAGUGAUGACACUGAAGAAGCUCACAUUGGUGCUAAAGGGACGCAAAUCAAACUACACCGUCGAGCUACGAAGCAUGAAGGGUGACAGCUUUAGAUACUCUUGCUCCUGCAGCAUCUAUGCCAAGAGGGACAUGUGCAAGCACGUCCUUUGGGUCUUCUUCCAGCACUCUACAUUGACCACUGCAGACGCAGUCAUGGCCACCGAGGCCAUAUCACUAUCGCUCCUAUCAUCAGUUCAUAGGAGCAUUCUAAAGGUGAUCACCAAGCCUUCUGUUGAUGUCGAAGAAGAUGACUCCCCAGCAACAAGCCCUAUCUUGUCACCCAAGAUCACCAACCCUUUAGUUGGGUUACCCGCCCUACCAAUCAAGACCCCAACCCCAAGCGACUCUCCUCCUCUCAAGUUCACAAGCACAUCUGGUAGUUUGCCUCCAUUGGCACCCAAGAUCAUAUCUCUGACCACUCCGCUCAACCCGUUACCAAACAUACAAGACCUAAUUAGCUCCAAUGGCAAACCUCCAGCGACAACCAAGACAACUGUACCAACAACUACAACAACUACAACAACAACGACAACAUCUACAGCAUCAACAGCACAUCCAACCACGAGUAUACCAUCUCCAGAGGUCAUUGUCGUGCCACCAGCACAAACCACCUCCACUACUACAGGUGCACCAGCAGCAGCGGCAGCAGCAGUGGCAGCGGUUGGAGAGCAUGUCAAGGAGGUAACGGCAAAUGGCAACAAUGGCAAUGGCAAUAGCAAUAGCAACACAAACAACAAGAACAACACAAAGAAGAGGAAGCAUGAAGAGAUUGUUAGGCCAGUUGUGGUCGCCAAGAGACUCAAAGAGGACCAUCUGUUCAAUAGUUUCUCAGAAGCCGAGGUCGAAGAGUUUGACCCGGACACAAAGAGAUACUUGGUUCGAUUCACCGACGAAGAAUCAUCCAACAUGGAACCUCAAUGGACCAACGAAAAGGACAUCAUCAAGUCGGGUGGCAAGGUGACAACGCCAUUCGACUUGAGGACAAAAAUACCAGAUGAUGCUCUACUACUCGUACGCACCGUGGAGAUGUGCAGACAGCGAUCAAUGCACAAGCCAAAGACUGGCAAGGACCUACCAUCAUGGUAUCGUGCCAAGCUUGUCGGUAGGAAUCACAAGGGUUUGCGAGUGUUGCUCCUGGACUUUAGUCCAAGCACUCAGAUACAAGAGGUCACCAUCCCCUAUGGCGACAACUUGAUUCUCUAUCACAAUUGA